AUGAAUGCACCGAGGAUACUCAGCAGAGUGGCGUUCCGCCGCUCCUGCAUGGCAUUGCAGUGCGCCUCUGCUCGUCGCGCCUACGGCAGCCCGUCUUUCCAGUCAUACCCUCUCUACUCAAACAACACACUCCCUCCGGCGAGAGGCGACGGCAUCCCCGAGAGCUCCAUCGCAUCGCCGGAUGCUCUACCGAAGGUCAACGAGACGAGACCCCCCAAGAUCCCCUCGCAAAUGACGACAGCCCACCAACAAUCCUCGACACCGAGCACACCUUCCUCUUCUUCCUCCGCCACACAGUCCUCGACGACCAAGACAACAACAGCAGCGACCACAUCCGCAGCAGCCAAGAUUUCCGAACAAGCGGCUCAAACCCCCAAGCCAGCCGCCCGUCCGAAGCGCACGCUCCGCGCCCGAAAGGCGGCGAUGAAGCUUAGCCCCGCGGCGGUAGAGCAGCUGCGCGCGAUGCUUGACCAGCCGGAGCCGAAGCUGAUCAAGGUCGGCGUGCGGAACAGGGGGUGCUCGGGCCUGGCGUAUCACCUCGAGUACGUCGAGAAGCCGGGGAGCUUCGACGAGGAGGUGGUGCAGGAUGGUGUCAAGGUGUUGAUUGACAGCAAGGCGCUGUUCAGCAUUAUUGGCAGCGAGAUGGAUUGGGUUGAGGACAAGCUGAGCCAGCGGUUUGUGUUUAAGAACCCGAACAUCAAGGAGCAGUGUGGUUGCGGCGAGUCUUUCAUGGUUUGA